AUGGGUGAAUCUGAAGAAUCCUUGAAAGAUUCCGCGAAAUAUGGCUACACAGUCAAAAUCUCUAACAUCCCCUCUCAAAUCGACGAAUCGUCACUACAAAGGGUAAUGGCCCAUUUUGGAACUGUUAAAUCAUGUAAAUUGGCCCUGGGAGAGAGGACAACGGACCCGGCGACAGCAUGGGUAACAUAUACAAACUCCUCUGAGGUGGAAUCCGCCCUGAAGGCAGACGGAAAGCUGGAGUGCGGAGGAUGCAAGUUAAAAAUAGCCAGGUGGCACGAAGAAGUGCCAGCGGAAUCGCAGCAGCUGAAGCGCAAGUUGACUGAAAGCUCCACGUGCCAGGAGGCCUGCUGGUUCUGCCUGUCAAACGACCAGUGCGAGACGCACAUGAUCUCCUAUGUGUCGAAACACAGUUACGUGGCGCUGGCGAAGGGAGCACUCUGCGAAAUGCACAGCCUGGUGGUGCCAAUAUACCACUACCCGAGCCUGGGAUCGGCACCCCUGGACGUCCAAAUGGACGUGAAGAGCGUGAUGGACGCGCUCUUCGACCUGGCGCUGCAGAAGGGCAUGGGAGCGAUUGCCUUCGAACGGUUCGUGCCGAUGACGAUGAAGGUGGCAAUGCACACGCAGCUCCAGGUGGUCGCAGUGCCCAUGCACACCGCACUCAAAUGUUUCAAAUUCGUAGACAAGUCGGACUUGUUCAGGGACGCAACGAGAAUAACGUUCGAAUCGGAAGAUCCCGGAUUCCACGGAUUAACCACACGCGUUAACAAUAAUACUCAGUACUUAUAUCUGCAGGCCGUGGGCAAAUCUCUAGAUUCGGAUGGUAGGCUGAGCUACUCGAGGUGCCUGUGGGUGUUCAACAGACCAAAUUCGCCUAAGAUUCCGACACAUUUCGGACGGGAAAUUGCAAUUUCAGUGCUAUCGCAUGAGGACUUGGAUAAAAUAGACAGCCUCAAGAGAAUUGUUGCCGAAACGGGGGUGAGACCAGAGGUGGCGGCAGUAGACUGGCACAACUGCCAAACAACACGGGAAGGGGAGAGUGUGUGCGCAAAAAAUAUGAGCAGGCUCAUCCUAAGCUUAAAAUAA